GUAUUUUAUGUUGUGUAAACUUUCCAUGUUUUGUAAACGAGAAAAGUUCUUGGUAAAUAAAAAGUGCGGCUGGCUGGAUACCUGUUUUCAGGUGUGUCACAUACUAAAUACGACGAUCGUUAGUUUCAAUUUUUAAUUUUUUUUUCUAAACAACUUGACAGUUGACACAAAAUCCUAGCUAGAUGUGAACGUAUCUGCAUACUAAAUUUAUUUGUUGAACUAUCCUAAUAACAAAAGUGGCGUUAAAGUUGGUGGAAAAAAGUAAAAUUCCUUGACAUUGUCAACAAUUGAACAAAAUUUAAUAUUACCAAAUUUGAAAGUUGAAAUAUCCACAAAUUUUCAAAAUUUGGGUUUCCUCUGGCAAAAUCUGUGCGACAAAAUUCGUUAUUAAAAUUAUUUAAAUAAUCGAAAGUGGCGUUAAAGUUGGUCGGAAAACAUAAACAAUUUUUUGACAUUUUGGAAAAAAGGGGAAACACCAAAUUUUCUGGAAACAAUUAAAAAAUUUGACAUCAUAAUUUCCAAAAUUUGCCACAAUGGUUAUUCUAAGUUCGUUUUGGACACCGUGUUUUUAUUACAAUGAUAUUUACAAGUCCGUCAAGCCGAUCGCGUUUUAUACAGCGAUGGCUUCCGUGAUUUCGAUCGUUUACUCGAUUUACGUCAUGUCCGGGGGAGAAAGUUCGAGUCCUUACAUGCCAUAUUUUGAGACGGAUAGAUCUCUUUCGACCCAAAUCUACGGUGGAUUUGCCAUCUUGUUCUUUCUCUACUUCAUCGGUGCGUCCUGGUUGAUGAUUCACGCGGUGCGAGUGGAAAUCCGGGGUUGGAUUUUGCCUUGGAUCAUCGCCAUGUUUCUCGUCAUCGUCCUCCAACUCUACUUCGGAUUCCACUGGCUUUUCGACUACUACAUUUACCUCGAUCAAAUCUUUGCCAUGCUGUGUCUCUGGUUUUGGAUGGCGUAUAAUAUUUACACCCUGCUCGCGAUAUAUUCCGUGUACCAAAUCCUCAUGGAAAAACAAGCCCCCGCCGUGCAAGACUUUGGACCAGAAUGUUACACAGAAAAUACGCUAUUUUACUGGGACGAAACCGUGUAAACUGCGUAAACGAGGAAUAUUUUAUCCUAAAAAAUGAGCAAAAAAAUCACAUGGCACAAUUUUUAACAGACUUUCACAAUUUACAUUACAUGACUUUUUUUAGAAAUCUCAUUUUGUACAAGGAAAUUUCAUUAUUUCACAUUUACUAAUUAAUUGUUAUGUAGAUUAGUAUUUAGGUUUAAUAUGUGUGCCUAAUUUUUAUAUAUAAUUUAGAUUAAUUAGUUAACUAAUUGCUUAAUUAAUACAGAAAGUAGUGCAAAGAUACCGGUGAAAAUUGAACCAAAACUAUAUCAAAAUUGUACUUUUACGUAAACAAAAAUGAGUUAAUUAACUUGAGAAAAAUGUCCGUCCAGUAAAAUCUUGAAAUUUACGAAUUUCAGAUUUUCGUAGCACGUUAUUUUUGAAAAUCUUUUAAUUAUUAAAAGUUGUCAAAAUUCUUACAAAUUGUCAAAAUAUCAACAAAAUUUAAAAUGUUAGCGCCGAAAAAAUAAAAAAGUAGUUUGUAAUCAACUUGUAAACCUUUGAGGUUGUUCGUCUGGAUCUGACUAUCAAGCUUACAAUAGUUAAAGGUAGUACAAUAAUUUUUAUAAACUUUGUAAAUUUUGAAAUAACAUUAAAUAAAAUAAAAAAAUAAUUCAAAAUUCA